CCUGACCGCUGCCCGCCCGGUUCGCUGGCCGCAGUCAGUCGGGCCGCGCCGCGCCUCGGCUCUGUUUCUUCUGGGAGCUCUGAGCUGAACAGGACGUAGCUACAGCACAACCCUCUCUGCUCCUCAGCUGCUCAUCUUAAAAGGCCUGCAGUUGGCAUCGUGCUUAGCGGUGAGAUGCUGAACAGGGACUGAGGCAUCUCGGCCUCCAUGGUGCCCUCUGUCUCCACGCUCACCAUGGGGUCACCGUGAGAGGGACAAGAGGAAACGAAGGCGGGGAAGAGGUACAACUGUCUCUGUGUGCAGGUGACAUGACUGCCCGUGCGCAGAGAGAACCCUAAGGAGGCUACAAAGCCACAGUCAGAAGCGAUAGGUGAAUUAAGUAAGCUUGCAAAAUGCCACAGUAAAAAAGUCAGUUUUAUGUUUAGAGUAGCAGCAAAAAGCCAGAAAGUGAAGUUAAACAAGUCCAUUUAUAGUAACUUCAAAAAACAAACUACUUGGGAAUAAAUUUAACAAAAGAUGUGCAUGACUUCUUUGCUAGAAACAUUGGGAAAAUUCUGAGAGAAAUGGAAGAAGAUGUAAGGAAAUGGGGAGACGUGCCAUGUUUGUGCGUCAGAAAACCCGGUUGUUGGAAGUCAGUUCCCCCAGGUGGGCAUGUAGAUUUAUUGCGGUCCUAAUCAAAACUCUGCUGGCUCCUAAAACUCAGUGAAAAGAAGAAAACAGCCCAGUCAAAGAUGGACAGAAGAAUUGAACAGACGGCGUUUCACGAAAGAAGAUGGAUGAAUGGCCGGGAAACACACAGACAGGUGCCAUCAGGAAGUGCACACGGAAACCACAGGGAGGUACCACAGUGCGUGGUCGGGGCAGCCCAGGUGCCACGGACGCCCCAGGGCUGGUGAGGUGGGAGCAGCCGGACUCUUCCACUCUGCUGGCAGAGUGUGAAGUGAGGCCGUUGCUUUGGAAGAUGGUUUGGCAACUUCUGAGAAGUUAAACAUAAACCUGCCAUAGCACUCAGUCCCCCGCUCCUGGGUGUUCAUUUACCCAAGAGAAGGAAGUGUGUCCGGGCAGUUGUUCGCUGAAGCCGUAUCACCGUGGUCCCAGACUGGAAGCAGUGCCGCUGCCCACCUGCAUCGCGAUCGCCGUCCGUGGUUAAGUGGGUAAACGAACGGUGGAAGUUCCACCAAAGAGAGAGUUAUCGAGCAGCGAGAAGACCCGAACUACUGAUGCACACAGUAGGGUUGUCAUGAAGCUGCGGGAGGGACACCCGAGCCAGAGGACGCAAUGUGUGGUUUCACAGAAGACGCACACCAGGUCGACGACGGCGAGAAGAAUGCGCCCACUGGGCCUCGCAGCGCCGUGCGUGACGCAGGAUGUCGCUGAGCGAGAGCGCGGCCUUUGCCUAUGAGUCCUCCGUGCACAGCGCCAACGUCCUGCUCAGCCUGGACGAGCAGCGGAAGAGGGACGUGCUGUGCGACGUCACCGUGCUGGUGGAGGGGCGGCCCUUCCGCGCCCACCGCUCUGUGCUGGCGGCUUGCAGCAGCUACUUCCACGCGAGGGUCGUGGGCCAGGCCGACGCGGAGCUCAGCAUUGCUCUCCCAGGAGAGGUGACGGUUAAAGGAUUCGAACCUUUGAUUCAGUUUGCCUACACCGCUAGACUUCUCCUCAGUAAGGACAAUGUGGAUGAAGUGUGCAAGUGUGUGGGCAUUUUAGGGGUACAUGACAUCGAGGAGUCCUGCUUUCAGUUUCUCAAGUUUAAGUCUGUGGACGCCACUGCAGAGCAGCAAGAAUGCCCAAGAAAAAAAUGCUUCCCACCACACUGUCAGAAAACAGACCUUAAAAUUCCACUUUUGGACCAGAGGGAUUUAGAAGUUGAUGAGGCGGAGGAAUUUUGGAGACACAAAAAUGCUCCAGCUCCUCAGUGUAAACUCCGUGAACAUCAAGGGGACCCAAAAGUACCGCCUCCUCUGCAAGACAGUGCCAGUCAGACGUGCGAGGCCAUGUGCCUAGAAGGGGGCACCGCUCUGGCUCUGCCGUCUUUAUGCCCCAAGUACAGAAAAUUCCAGAAGGCCUUCGGGACCGACAGAGUCCGAGCCGUGGAGACGGGGUUCAGAGACGUGCAUGCUUCUGUUCGGCCGUGUGAGGCUUCUGCAGACGAGUGUGCGGGGGGCGUCCAGGACUGUGCAGACGUGCCGGUGGCUUUAAAAUGUGAAGAAAGCAGCCCAGCGAUGGAACGCACAGACACCGGGGAAGACCCUGCUUCUCAGUGCCCACCAGCAGCGGCCGAAGUGGCUCCCCUCCCCCACGGCUCUUCCACAGACCCCCCCGGGCUCUACUCUCUCUCCCUCCUACACACCUACGACCAGUACGGUGACUUGAACUUUGCCGCUGGGCAAAGCACAGCACUGUUAACGGAAAAGCCUUUGUCGGGCCCCGACUUUGGAGGAGAGAAGACCGUUGCUGAAAGCCAAGACUUACAUCUGAAAUCUGACUCCAGCCCCAGGGAAGAGAGCGGCCUUGCCCGGAGUAGCGUGGAGCGGGAAGUGGCCGAGCACCUGGCCAAGGGCUUCUGGAGUGACGUUUGCGGCAUGGCCUCUCCUUGCCCAAUGCAGGUGUCCCCUGGCCUGGCCAAAGCUGGGUCGGAACAGAUUCACCCCCAGAAACGGUCGGAGUGUCCCUGGUUGGGGAUCAGGAUCAGUGAGAGCCCAGAGCCGGAUCAGAGGACUUUUGCCACAUUAAGUUCUGUCGGCUGCCCUUUUAUGAGCACCCUGAGCGCCGCAGGCCGGCCCGGCAGCGUGGACAUUGGCACCGACGACUGUGCCUCCGGGCCCCAGCAGGAGCCCUGUCCGUACGCUUGUGUGAUCACCUUGGGAGACGACUCGGAGACAGACACUGAAGGGGACAGUGAGCCCUGCUCAGCCAGAGAGCAGGAAUGCGAGGUGAAACUGCCAUUUAACGCACAACGAAUAAUUUCCCUCUCUCGCAACGACUUCCAAUCCCUGUUGAAAAUGCACAAGCUGACGCCGGAGCAGCUGGACUGCAUCCACGACAUUCGGAGGAGGAGUAAGAACAGGAUCGCCGCCCAGCGCUGCCGCAAGAGGAAGCUCGACUGCAUACAGAACCUGGAGUCGGAGAUCGAGAAGCUGCAACACGAGAAGGAGAGCUUGCUGAGGGAGAGAGACCGCAUCUUGUCCACGCUGGGCGAGACCAAGCAGAGCCUGACGGGCCUUUGCCAGCAAGUCUGCAAGGAAGCAGCUCUGAGUCCCGAACAGAUUCAGAUCCUCGCCAAGUACUCGGCCUCGGACUGCCCGCUGUCCUUUCUGAUUUCCGAAAGAGGAAAGAGCACGUCUGAUGGUGCUCUUGUGUUUCCGCCCAGUGUGAGUGUCCCCGAGGGUCCUCCAGCUGCGCCGCCCACGGAGGAGGGAAGCCCCUGCGGCCCCAGCAGGAAGGGCAGCGGGUCAGGCUGCGCUCGGGGCCCGGAGUCGGGGCCACCUUCCCAGGCGGCCUGCGAGCCUGCCGGGCUCACGGAGCUGUGUCGGCCGGGGGCAGGCAUCUCGGACGUCUGUCAGCAGAUGACAGACAAGUGCACUACUGACGAGUGAGCGUGCAUCCGCUUCCUUUGAACCGUCGAGUCUCCUACUGAAGUUCUGACGUUUGUCUUGAAACCUCCUACGGGCACCUGUCUCUUAACAAUGUUGUUUCUACCCCUGGCCGUGUGUGGGCAGGGGACUCCCGAGCAGCCGGCCCUGACUUUCUCAGCCCCACUCUGUGCUCCGCAGGAGCUGCAGAAACAACCGGCUUCCUGUGUGCGGAAAGUCACGCGUGAAAAUGUAGCGAUGACUCUUGGUAACAAGUCUUUCCCUUACUCAGACCAAACAUGUGAGUGAAGACUGUGUCCUGUCAAACAGUGCGGCGCCUUGAAACCUCUGCACACGGUUCCUGCUGGAGAGGCAGCUGGGCACGGACGGGGAGCCAGCGGCCUCAGCAGUGUUCCGACACCGGAGGAGACGGCCCCGACGGAGGAGCGCUGGAGAGCUGCUCGGAAAGGGGCGGCCGCCACUUGGGCUGUUCGGGUAGAGCUGUGUGCCUGCAACCUGGAGCUUCGCUCUUCAGGUUCAGCUGAACACAGGGAGUGGGUGGCCUGCACGGGACCCUGAGCCACACUGGGACUUGGGACGCAGGCAGGCGGGCAGCCUGGGGCAGAGUCCUGCCCCUGGUCAGUGUUGACGGUAGAGGUUCUGGGAAGCUGGCGUUCUCCCUCCUUCUCUUCAGUCUCCCACAUCUGGGUCCCUCAGGGUCUUUGUUUCCUGGCGCUCUGUCCCUUUGCAGGAGGAAGUAGGACUGGGGUUCAGCGCCCGAGUGCGUGCUGACUGGGCUGCCGUGGGCUCCCUGGAUGCCCGAGAGCUCGUGUGCCCGAGAGCCAGGCGUCAGGACAGAGGCCUGCCUGCGCGGUCAGCGGCGGCCGUCCCCCGUCCUCCCGGCUUUGAGGUCUGACGGUGCACUUGUGAGCAGCAUCGUUACGGACGUAAAUGCCUCUAGAGCAGUCACGUGGGUUUGUGAGACAGAAGGAGACUCAGUCUCGUUUCGCCGUGGGUUUGCAUUUGGACCCCAGAUUGAGUGUCGCCCUCGUCCCAGAGCUGGUGUGUUGAGCACGCAGGCCAUGUCCACUCAGGCAUUUUGUAACGUUCUUUGUGUGUGUCCAGCCCUACUCUAAAACGCUGUUUUUCUCAUCCGAGUGCUCGCCCCGUGACACUGUUCGGUGGUUCUUGGGCAACCGGGUGUUAGACGUGUUUGAGAGUCAGGUGAAAGCUGUAGGUGACCAACUUCCUGCGAUUGAAAAAAUCGCGUAUAUCCUCCUUCCCAGAAACCUGCGCAGAGCCCAGUUUUAAAGGAUACAAAGGAGAAGUUCGUGGUGUUUGGGUCAGGAAGCACUUCACCGAGGUGAGGCGCCCGAGGGGCGGACGGCGGCUGGGGGCAGCGGGCCAGGCAGCCGUGUGGGCCUGAGUCUGGGGACCACCCGGCAUGCUUCCGAGUCCUGUCGGUGCCACCCUUUGUGAUCAGGGGCGGUUUGGGGGACAGCCCUAGCACAUUCUCAGUGGUUUGUGUGUUAUCUCUGCUGUUGGCUUAGCUGUUAUGAGAGAAAAGUAGCUGGGCUUGUUUAUAUUCUAGAGGCUUCUACAAAUACACUCAGGAGUGUGUCGGGGAGAGUGGCGCUGUGUGUGCACACCAUAAAGUGUGUGUGCACACGCACAUCUCACGUACCUGUUUCCUUGAUGCUUGUCAUUUUAAGGGUUAACUUCAAAGUAUAAUAUAAAAAUGUCUCUGGUUUACACAACGUAACUCUCAACCAGCCAGCAGAGCCCUCGGUUCCUACCUCAGCGGCACGCGCACCAGCGCAGACGCCCGGCCGCCCGUGCACAGGCUUCGAAAGCUUCCUUCCCAUUCGAUGGCAAAGCCUGCUUGUCUCGGAGUCAAAACAUGAUUUUUAAGGCGUUUCGUUCGAGUUUAUCUCAGCAUAUGAACAGCUUAGCAUUAGGGGUUUAUUUUAAUGUUAUUCUGAUGAUUGGCCCAGUGUAGGAUUUUGUAAAACGUGGCACUGUGUGCGUAGCCAGCAUGCAAUACAAGUAACAACGCUACCUCAUUCCUCCCCGGGCUUCGCGUCACAGAGGGACAGACGGCUGCAAGGGUUCCUCUUUGUCUUGGGCUGUCAGGUGGGAGAAUUUUCUGUCUGCUGCAUAACAUUACACAUCUAUGCCUAUUUCACCUUCCGAGCAAGGUUUUUUAAGAAUUAGUUUCAAGUUGACUUUUUCGAGGGUGUGGAAGACAAGCGACAGGACUGUGUGCGCACAGUGUGCCUCUUUCCUGCGUGCAGAGUUCCGGGGGCUUGUUUCCGGUCUGCAAGCAGCCAGUCCGGGGCCAGACCCCCCCCACCGUGCGGACUGGCCUUCUCGGUGCUUCCCGGCCUCAGAGCCGUCGUGGCCGACUCGGCAGAGCAACGUCACCGGCGUGUCCCUGUCGUCUCCGUUCACCCGCAGUGGCUGGUUGUGCCCAGCGUGUCACGUCCAGGCAAACGUGGGUGUAACCCUGGGACCUGCUUGUAGCAUCCGUCACACGGUUCACUGUCGGUGAGUGUUCGCGAGCUGGGAAUAAGAGGCGGCGUGUUCGGUGGGCGGACGAGACGGCUGCAGCCGGACACUCGGCCGCACUGACAGCUUGGGAAGAAAAUCAAACAACGGCAAUGUUAUAACGAAGUCUCAGGUGAACUUUUCUCAGUUAUAGAACCUGUAUUUUGAAUUUGUAAAUAUUUUAAGUGUUUUAUCAGGCAUGUAAUAACCUAUUCUUUGAAACCUGUCAGGUAAAUGAAAAUUUAAAGCCGUAAUGGCAUACUUAUUGUAAAUAAACAUCUGUUGAUUUUUUGUAUCUUUCUUAAUAUAAUUUUCUAACAAUGCAAUAAAACCACUAAAUUUAUAUAUCCAUGUCGUAUUAAGAUCAUGGUUCAUUAAAAGUAAACAUUCAUAGUAUUUAAUUUAUAUUUUCUCGCUCAUGUGCUCAUCCAAAUGUAGCCAAAUGACAACUGUUAGAUGUUGGUGAUGAAUCAACAGUUAAAUAAAAUUCCUUAAAACUG